AUGAUUUUAUCAUUAUAUUUAUAAAUUUAUAUUAUUUUUAUAUAGUCUCAGACGAUUUAAAAUGUUUAAAGAAACACUUGUCCUUGAUGGUAAGGGCCAUUUGAUGGGCCGUCUAGCUUCUGUUGUUGCUAAACAGUUGCUUUCGGGCCAGAAGGUUGUAGUUGUUAGAUGCGAGGAAAUAAAUAUCAGUGGAUCACUCUUUAGAAAUAAACUGAAAUAUCAAAGAUUCCUGAGACUGAAGACCAAUACGAACCCAGCCCGAGGUCCAUUCCAUGUUAGAAGUCCUUCAAAGUUUUUCGCAAGAGUUGUUAGAGGUAUGCUUCCUCAUAAAACCAAGAGAGGAAACCAUGCUUUAAAAACCCUUAAAACCUUUGAAGGAGUACCGCCUAAAUAUGCUAAAGUUAAAAAACAUGUCGUUACAUCCGCUUUACGCUUCCUUAAACUUAAACCUGGCAGACGUUAUGCACGUUUGGGUGAUGUUUUAACCAAGGUUGGAUGGAACUAUGAUGGAUUGGUUAAGAAGUUAGAAGAUCGUAGGAAGGAACGUUCCCAAGAGUAUUACAAGGCCAAGACUCUUGAGAGAGAAAAGCUAAGAAAGGCUAAGUUAGCAGCACUGGCCAAGCUUCCUGAAGACUCAAGAGCACUUUUAACUGAACUUUCCGCAUAAUCUGCUUUCCAAUAUU